UUUGCCGGGCUCGGGGCGUCGCGGCCGCUGUCUGCGGUGUCAGAGAGAGCCCCCGCCCCCUGCUCGGUGUCAUAAUCCUUAUUUUCUAUCAGAGUUCGGGGACAUGGUGUUAAAAGUGGGAACUUGAAAACACCGAGGAGAAGUUCUGUGGCCACCAAGCCAAUUUUUGCAUCUGGGACAGAGCCUGGGCAAUCUCUCUGCCCUGCAGCUGGCUCCCAGGCGUGUGCUUUAGGGAGACAGAAUGGACAGAUUCCUGGUGAAGGGGGCUUUAGGGGGCCUUUUGGGAAAGAGGGAGCGAGAAGUGAGUGGAGAAGGCCCAGCAGGGCUGAGAGGAGACGAGGAGAGCAGCAGGAAGAGGCCCAGGGCAGAAACCCCAGGGAAUGCAGGCCCCCUGGCCGGCCCCAGCUGGCGGCACAUCCGAGCUGAGGGCCUGAGCUGUGAUUACACAGUCCUAUUUGGCAAAACCGAAGCGGACAAGAUUUUCCAGGAGCUGGAGCAAGGAGUGGAGUAUUUUACAGGUGCGCUGGCCAGGAUCCAGGUGUUCGGGAAGUGGCACAGUGUGCCCAGGAAGCAAGCGACCUAUGGCAACGCGGGGCUGACCUACACGUUCUCAGGCCUCACUCUGUCUCCAAAGCCCUGGAUCCCAGUUCUAGAGCACGUCCGGGAUCGUGUUUCUAUGGUGACAGGAGAGACUUUCAACUUUGUGCUUGUCAACAGGUAUAAAGACGGCUGUGACCACAUCGGUGAGCACCGAGAUGAUGAACGAGAACUGGCUCCCGGGAGCCCCAUAGCUUCUGUCUCCUUUGGGGCCUGCAGAGACUUCUUCUUCCGGCAUAAGGACUCUCGGGGGAAAAAGCCCACCCGGAAGGUGGAGGUGGUCAGGCUUCAGCUGGCCCACGGAAGUUUGCUUAUGAUGAACCACCCGACCAACACUCACUGGUACCACAGUCUCCCCGUACGGAAGAAGAUUCUAGCCCCACGGGUCAAUCUGACAUUUCGCAAAAUUCUGCCCACUAAAAAGUAA